CAUCCGGCCUACAGGAGACCCUGUGUGGAUGUUUUUAUUGUACUCCGUGGACUGAAAGUCAAAGUUCAGACAAUCUUUUUUUACAGUUUAUAUUUUGUCAUCGUGAACACGGGAAGUGAAGAAUCUCGUCGCAUGUUUUUGACAUGCGAAAAUUGAAGGCACUCUUCUGUUGGAGCUGGCUUCAAGUCAGACGUUACAGCCCCUAAAAUUAAUCUUACGUGAUGUCAAGAGAAUAAGCAUUUACUUUGCACUACUAUUAGAAGUUGUUGUUAACAGAAUGUCAGGAAGUCACUCAAGCUCUGAUGACAGCAGCGAUUCCAGGAAAAGACCCCGGGAGAAAGAUAUGGACCCAGAUACCAGUCCGAAACGUCCAAACUGUGGUAAGUUUUUCAAACUUGUUUUCUGUAUGGCAAUUCAUGUUUAUGAUCGGUAAAAACUAUGUUUCAUAUUAAAGAGGAUAACGUCCAGCUGAAAAUCUUGGUUCCAUCAAUUGCUGCUGGAGCAGUCAUUGGGAAGUCUGGCGAGGCCAUCGGCCGGAUUCAAAAGGAUACUAAUACAAAGGUCAAGAUAUCAAAACAAGAUGAAUUUUAUCCUGGUCAUUCACCAUACAAGUAUGUAUAUGUAUGUAUGUGUGUAUGUAUAUUUAUAAAAUGUGUAUAGACAUUAUUAAAUAAAUUGUCUGAUUGUGCAUGUGUUCAUUCUCAUUUCACUGUCUCAUAUCACAUGUCUAAUCUAAGUUACUCAGUAAUAUCAUUUUACUCCUGUAUGUGUCUACAUUUAAACAUUGUACAUGCACACACAUACUAUACAGACAUAUAUAUAUAUAUAUAUAUAUCUUCUUUCAUAUGUCUGUAUACAUCCAAUGAUUUCUACCAAUCAUUGUAUCAUUUUAUCCAAUCGUUUUAUUCAUUAUCUUUCCUACUUAAUUUUAUUAUUAUUAUUUAUUACUUUAUAGUCCGAUAUCAGUAGUCAACGUAUAUCACAUAUUUUUUUCUUCUUUACUUCAUUCAACAUCAAUAUCGUCUACUUAUUAUUUUAAUUAUAAUGAAAAACAAUUCUGUAUUCUAGUAGUUAAAGCUAGACCAUUAUGGAAAACCUGGAAGCACUGUAUUCUCAGUAAAAAAAGUUGUUAAUAUGUUAUAUAUAUAUAAUUAAUUUAUCUUAUCUUAAAGCAUUUAGUCCCUUUGAUAAAUUUCAAUAGUGUAAUAAGAAGAUGAAGACUAUCAGACCUAUGUGAUGAUAUAUUAGCGCAAUACAUUUCGAACAAUCUGAUCACACAUAAUACACUUGUUUAGAACAUUUAUAGAUAAAAAUAGAAGGUCAACUAGACUGGAAAUGGUGUAAGAGGAGACAAGGAUGAUGAUGAUAAUAAUAAGAGUAAUAACUAAUAAUAAGCCAAUAUUACCCAGGGUAGGUUUAAGGUGAGAACAAACUAUUUUUGAAUACACAAAGGGGGUUUUAAUUUUCGUAUGGACAAGGCUUCAACAAACCUUAGUAUACACCUUUUUACACUUUUAUGCAACAUUACAAAAGCUGAGUUAAGAUCAAUCUUAUAGCCUAUUUCGAUUAUAUGUUUAGCAAUAGAGGAUGAUGGAUUUGUUUCUGCAACUAUUUUGGCACAUGGUCACACACCUUAAUUUUGGGAUAACGAUUGCUCCUCCCUGUGUGUGUGUGUGACACUUAAACUGGUAAGCACAGUGGGAUGUGACACAGUCGUUUUCAUGUCAUUUAGGUUUUGGAUGAAGUAUGCACCUUGUUCUUUCAAAUUGUGUUCACAUUAUUAUUACUCUUAUUAUUAUCCUUGUCUCCUCUUACCCCAUUUCCAGUCUAGUUGACUUUUUAUUUUUAUAGAUAAAUGUUCUGAACAAGUGUAUUAUGUGUGAUCAGAUUGUUCGAAAUGUAUUGCGUUAAUAUAUCAUUACAUAGUUCUGAUAAUCUUAUUUUGUUUUAAUAAAACAAUAUUUCAUGUUUUAUUUUAAUCUUUUAAGUCUACUUUUGAUUAUUAGACUUUUGUAUUGACAUAAACCAAGUGCAUAGUUCAGUUUUCUUUUCAAGUGUCUUACUAUAGUAAGCUCACUGAACUUAUCAUUAUUAUUUUAAUAUUAACCAUCUCUGAUAGAUAUUUGAUACUUUUGAGUCUAUGCUAUUUUGUUAUGAAUCGAAAUUUUAUAAUUCGAUCUAAUUAGUUGGAUAAGGUAAUUUAGGAAUAAUGCAAUAAGUUUAAUAUAUAAAUUUGUUCAUUGUAGCUCAUUUACUUAUCUAAAUAAAAAUUAAUAUAUAGGGGAUUCAUAAUAAGAAAGUGAUUACGAAUAGUUUUAAAAGUUAUUCUCAAACUCCUUACUAUUUCAGUACAUUGUGUAUGUGUAUGGGUGUAUGUAUAUGUCAUAGAUUUUUGUUGUUGCUAUGACACUGAUACCAGUAAUUCAGAUGAUCUUCAGAUGAUAUUUAGUGGAUUCACUUUCUUCUUACACAAUGAAUUUCAUACUCUUCAUAUAACCAUCUAAUAAGUUUUUAUGUAAAUUGUACAUAUACAGAUUGCUGUAAUUACAUUUCUCUUGGAAUAGAUCAUCCACAGAAACUGAAUAUUUAUAAAUAGGGAUAUUUUAUAAAAUGCAUCAACUAACCUGUACUCUUAAUUUCUAUCAUAUUCUGUGUGUUCAAUUACUGUUUAUUCACAUUUUUCAUUAUAAUAACGUUUCAGCCUUUGUCAUAAUUGGCUCGAGUAUUUAGUAGCAAUGACUGAUAAGUACUCUGUUUUCUUUUUUGUCACUAAUGUAUAUCUGUACUACACUAUUCAGGUUUUAUCCUACGCUACGUCUUUUAAACUGUCACUGAUUUCAGUAUGUGUUUCUUUUUCACUUGAAAUUUAUUAGACUCAUAAUCAAUAAACUUACUUAAAAAUCUUGAAAUCUGGGAUUACGAUUAUUUUGAUGGAGAUUUGUUCUCUGAGCUCAGAGAACAAAAUUCUAUCAAAAUCAUCCACCUGAGCUACAAAUCUUCUCCACCAUCUCAUUACGAUUAUUAUCCUAUUAAUACUUCGGGAUUAAAAGAGAUUUCGCCUUGUCCAUCAAGCGACGAGUAUUAUCAAUUGUUUCAUGCCUUUCAUAGUUGUAAAAUAUAUGAAUCUCAUCAUUCGUAGUCAUAUAAAAGUUUCAGAAAACCCAGUUAUCAUUACUUUUGAAUCACUUUUUACAGAUAGUGAGAUUAUUUCAUCAGAAGUAAUGAGAUUAUAUCUCAAAAUAUAGACAUAAUUUAAACAUAUUAAUUAGAUAACUAAUCAGUUUAUUAUUUGCUGGGCUUUCCAUAUAGUCUACAUUAUUACAUGAAGGUAUAAUAUUUGAAUUAUGGAAUACCUAUUUGUCAUCCUUUUACGUACAAGGAAUUAUUAUUCAUUGAGCUGGGGUUAUACCGACAUUAAGAAUUUCUUUACUGAAACGUGUUUACUUACGCUGUUUACCCUUACUUGUUAGAUUUCUGAGAGUAGGUGAAAAGAAGCUGUAGACAGACUGGCAUGAGAUCAGUUUAUGAAAGCAUUGACUACUAGCUCGAACCAUAUCACUAGGUUCAGACUUUCUGCUUGGGGGAUACGCAAUACAUGUAGUCUAUUUGGAGACGUUGAGUGAUAUAAUACACAAAAUUAUUCACAGUGAUGCAGUUGGAUUUUUUCUCUAUCUUUUGCUAAAUCUGGUGAUAAUUGUUGUUCAUCCUUCAAUCUCAUGUGUCCUUUUUGAGUUGUAUUUUCUAUGUUUACCUUCCCGUUACUGUUAAGACCAAGUCUUCUUGUGCGCUUUUCAUCUUAUUAAUUUAAUACUUACAUAUGCUGAUGUGAGGUAUGCUAACUUGGACCGAUAUAAAUUCGUAUCAAGUCCUAUAUCGUUAAACCGGUUGGCUAUUUAUUAGAAUAUUCGCAUUUUGAAUAUGUUAUCAUGACCUGUAUUUUCUCAAAUAGUAAUUAUGUUAACAAGUUAAAAUGUUUUCCACUUGACAUGUUACCAACUAGCGCAUUCUAUUUAACCAUUAUUCACUAAAGUUAAUUCUUAGCGGUUUAUCUACUAGAUUCUCAACGGAAUCCAUUCUGACAUCAUCUCACUGUCCUAAUGAGGUGUGACAAUUUAGUGUGAUGUACCAGGUUCUAUGUUGUAUAUGACUGACUAACUAUCUCGAGCACCCAAACCAACAUAGUAACAAUGAACUUAGACACAUUAGGUAAUAGCGUUGUUAUUAAAGCAUAUUUUUUAGUUUCGUUUUCUCUAAGAUAAAUAGUUUUAUUAUGAAUCUUUCAUAAUCCUUUCUUCAUAAUAUCAUCGUCUGAUUUUACUAAAAAUGCAAAAGCAAAACUUUGCAGCCAUUAUCUCAUAUGGCUGAUAAAGAAUGCGACACUACUGGAUAAAAAAUGCUAAUGAUCUUUAUUCUUGUUAUGUCUACGUUGCCAAUUACUUAUAAAUAAUCUUAUUUAGACCAUCCCUGUGCGUGGUAUCGUGAGCACGCACUACUGAUGAGUUCCAUACUAGAACGAAAGAGUUGUCCAGUGCUUCAUGAGUUUUAAUGGUGGUUUAGCUAUGAUUAGUUUUUGACUUAAAAUAUGAAAAUUUUCCAAUCUACCUAAGACCUUAUACUAACAAAUCAUUUUAUUUAAAAUCAAAUGACCUAAUCUAUGACUCACUUCGUUACAUCAUUCGUUCCUCAAUCAUUAGGUAACAAACUAUCAUUCCAGUUCGUAUAUAAUGACUUCGAUAACUAUGGUAGUCUUGUUAGUAUUUGUGUAAUAGAUGUGGGUUUCAUAAUCUAGUUUCCUUGAUCAAAUGAAAUUUAAAGGACAAUUCAUAUUUAAAAUUUUUACAUGUUAACAGAUAUACAAGUAAGUUGCGUAAUAUUUAUCAUAGUUUUAAUGUAAUGUAUUUACCAAUUAUAGGUUUAUCUACUCAAAUUUGUCUCACAUACACACGUUUGUUCGAGGUUAUCUAUUUCAGUAAAUAUCGUCAUUUCAUUUUAUUUGUGUUUGGGCUGUGAUACUGUCCGGUUGCCCAAACAGAGGUUAUCCGAUGUCACUACUUUAACUACCCGGUUUCCCUUACUGAAGUUAGUAGAAAAGAAGUAGAAUUUUAGAGACUGUCACUUAUUAUUAUAAGCUAAGUGGUUUGAUUAUUUGGUCAACACUACUCUACUUUGUGGGUUGUUAAUAUUAACUGGUACACUUAAAUUCAGUGUUUGAUAUUUAUGAUUAGUUGAUAAAAAUUCUUGUGUCAUUCGUCAUCAUGGAGUGUAUAAUAAUACCGUCCCAUUCAAUGAUAUUAACUGUAGGAGGUUUCAUUACGGAAAAUCUAUCAGAGGUCUUGAUUAGAACACCUAGCAUGUUAGAUCCUUUAAUGAUAUUCCCAUAACUUUCGGAUUGCCUUUUUUCCUAAGGGCGAUGGCACAGUGGAUAAUGCUAUUUUUGUGUGCUAGGUUCGGAGUCGAUUGUAUGCUCAAUGUAUGCACUACUUAUUAUUGUUCCAAUCCAAAGUUUGAACCUCACUUCAUUCAUUUCAAUUUGGACAGUAGGGUAAUACUAUUGUCUCACACAUAUUGUCUUGUGACUCAAUGCCGUGUACAUAAACCUGUACUUAAUAUGUGUCACAUAGUCAUGGUAUUUCAAAUAUCCUUUAGUGAAUAAUAUCUUCGCAAAUAAAAUUUGAACUCAUAAUCUUUCAUGCGUUUUACAAUUUUGUUAUUAUAAAUAUCAUUAGUCUUUUCUCGAUUUAAUAUGUUUUACACGUUUAUUUAAAUCUUGAAUGAGUAAAAGUCAUUCAAAUUUAUCUUUACUUUAAAAAUGAUCUCAACUGAGAAAUAGAUUUUCAUGAAUACAUUCAACCAGUGGUAUAUGAUUUUAUUUGGUUAUCUUGAUUUCUGUCGUUUAAUUUGAUUGACCGACUUGUUAAGUAAUGACAAAGUUUAGGGUUAAGAUUUUUAUCGUUGAACGUGUAGCACAUCUGCUUUUCAAUGUUUAAUAUGUAUUCAAUAUCUAGCAUUUUUCUGUUCAUUUAGUAAGUGAAUGCUGCACAUGAAAUCAUAAUUUUCACUGAUGAUUUCAUCUUAAGCUGUUAUCUUCAUUGGAUUCGCUGUUUUUCAUUUGAAAAUUUGAGAUGUGCUACAGUGUCAUGUUUAUAGAAGGUAUAUGUAGAUUACUUUAGAUUAUUGAAAUGAAAUCACUGGUGAAAAACUACAUUCUUAUAAGCAGUACUGACCCAUUGAAUGAAUGGGGAAAAUACUACAGAACAUUAGAUAUUGCAUUUUUAUUAAACAGUGAAAAAGUAUGAUUAUCCUCACACCAAUGUAAUCCUGAAAAGUCAGUGUUUAAUUGUUUAUUAUAAAUUAUAACCUUCUAGAUAUCAGUGUAUAUAUUUUGAUAUAAAAAAGGCGACACCAAGGUCUAAAAUAUAGUUUACAUCUAAUGAAUAAUAAUAGGCACUAAUAACCUAUAUUAUUUACCUAAAAUCAUCUUUAUCAGUAAUGAAACAAUCAGUUUAUGAUCACCUAAGUCUUACAUCAUUCUCCCCAUUCUUAGUUUCAUUUUAUCAUUUAUCACCCGUUAUUCUCAAGUGUGUAUACAGAGUUCAUUGUGGUCACUGUUAUUGCGUCAUUUCGAUCAUUAUCUACAUCGUAAACACCAUUCAUCAUUAUAUCAUUAUUAUUUAUUCUUGUCUAAAGUUUUUGUGUCUAUCACCUACCAUGAAACAUUCAAUUAUUAGUAGUAUACAUAUAUAUAUAUAUAUAUAUAUAUAUUUCCUUUAUUUAAUGUUCAUUAUUUACUUAUGCCUCUGUUAUCAUCAUCGUCAUCAUCAUCUUCAUUCUCAUCAACAAAAAGGACUAUCAGAAUUUUGCUUCUUUUAUUUUUAUCAUCCUUCCCAUUUGUUUGAUUGUCUGUUUGAUGAUGUUUGAUUAUGAUCGGGAUAUGAAUGUUGAUAUCUAAUUGAACGUGGUGGCUGGCUCGCGUACUAAUUAUUGUUUGAUUUGUUCAUUGUGUGUCUGUUCUUGUUGUGUAUUAUCGCUUGCAUGUUUGUAUGUACUGAUUUGUAUUUAAAUUGUUGAAUGUAUUUGUGUGUGUAUGUGUUUGUUCAUGAAUGAAUGCUUGUACAUAUGUCCAUGGUCCACUACUCUCAGGUACAACAGAACGUGUUUGUCUAAUUAUUGGAUCGUUCGAUGGUGUCAUUACUGUACAGAAUUAUAUAAUGGAUCGAAUCAUGGAAAAACCUGAUCCUAAUCCAAAUACAACUGGAGAAGGCAGACUGAAUGUUGAACGUCAUAAGCAGGUGAAAAUUCUUGUACCGAAUAGUACAGCUGGUAUGGUUAUAGGGAAAGGUGGAUCAUAUAUUCAAGAGAUCAAAGAGAAAACUGGUGCAUAUGUGCAAAUUUCACAAAAAUCUCGUGAAUUCAAUCUCUUAGAACGAUGCAUUGUUGUUGCCGGUGAAUUAGAUCAAGCACGCGCUGCUGUUCAUUUAAUUUUAAAUGUUAUUGCUACAGAUCCACAAUCAGCUAGUUGUCCAAAUCUUUCAUAUCAUGAUAUUCAAGGACCAGUAGCUAGUGUUUAUCCAACUGGUUCACCAUAUGCAACACCGAUUAUUCCUUAUUUAACAGGUUCGACUAUUUUAUCUAAUCCAUCAAUUGAUACAAAUUCUGCUUCUGCUACAGCAGCAGCGGCCGCUGCCGCUGCAGCGGCAACUAUGAUGGCAGCAGCUGUAGCAUUUACACCUGGUCCAUCAUCACAACCAACCACAUCAUCAUUUAUUUCUUCACCAGGUGGUAGUACUACAUUUGGAUUUUUUCCACCGAAUUUUCAAUCAACACCAGAUAUUGCAACAAUUGCAGCGUUAACAUCAAAUCCUACAGCUACUGGUGGAUCAAUCGUUUUGCCGUCUAUACUGCCUAACACUGGUAAUGAUAGAACUCUAUGUAGUAAUUUGUCAGGAGAUUUAUUUUCACAAACUGUUGGUGUGGGUGGUAGUAGUUCACCAUGGUCAAAUAUUUCAGGACGAACUGGAUUCGAUGUAAUAGUGCCUGAUCUUAAUGCUGCUUCUGCAUUAACAACAGUAUCAGUUGCACAAGAACCUUUAACUGGAUCUUUUAUAUCACCUAAACCACAAGAUUCUCAGUCAAGCCGUUCUGCAUUAUCGCCUCCAGUAUACUUUCCUUCAUCUUCAUUUAUUCCAGCGCCACUUCGAAUGUCUGCUACAGCUUUAUUUGGUUAUCCAACAAUUGGUUAUGGAAAUCCUCCACCUGUACAACAUAGUCAUUUAACACCAACUCGAGGUAUACAACCAAUACCUUUAACUGAAACUAGUUCAUCAUCAAUUUGCAGCAAUUCAUCAAAUUUACCAUCAUUAUUUACAUCACCAACUGGAUUAACUGCUAAUAUUGCUACAUUAGCUGCUCUUUCCGCUGCGAUUACAGUAUCUGGUGUACCAACUGUAACAAAUACAAUUACAACAAAUGUAACAAUUAAUUGUACAAAAUCUUUACCAAUUCUUUCAAAUCCUAAUCCACUUGGAACUGGUUCAAGUGGUGCUUUAUUUAAUUUAUUACCUUGUUCUCAGUUAUCAUCAUUUAAUGUUACACCAAUUGUACCACAUGUAGUUGUAUCGAAUGAUUCAAUUACAAUGUCAAUACCUAAUUUAUCAUCAAAUCCAUUUUUAUUAUCACUUACAGAAAGUGAUAUAAAUCAACGUAAUAUACAACAACAAUCAUCUUUAGCUCCAAGUAUAAAUUCAUCGGCACAAGUUACCGCUUUACCAUCUUCAUCAACAUUAAUUGGAUUUCAUGGAUUACAAUAUAAUUCAGGAUCAAAUAUCAUUACACCUAUGGGAAAUUAUGUUGCAUACAGACGUGUUAUAUCUGUUCCAGAAAGUGUGAUCAAUAUAAUCCUUGGUCAUCAAGGUCGAUCUAUUAUGGAUUUACAAUUAUUUACUGGUACUGCCAUACAAAUAUCUCAGAAAAGCACUUAUUUAUCUGGUACACAAUAUCGUACUGUCACAAUAAUUGGACCACAAGUCAAUGUACAAUCAGCAGCUGAUGUAAUUGAGCAUAUAGCAAUUAUUGAGCAUAUGAAACGAGAAUCUGGUUCAUAUCAACAACAUUCAUUGUCGUUAUCACUUCCUGGUAAUGGUAGUAGUACUAGCACUGUUGGGCGUCCAUGUAAUGUUAGUGGUGGUCAACUAAAUUCGGAUUAUUUUAUACACUCUGGAAUAUCACAUCCAUUCACAUCAUCGACAUCAUUUUCAUCAUCUUGCAUUAAAGGAAAUUAUCCAGAAUGUCAGUCAACAUGUUCAGCAUCGAAUACUGGUAUAUCAUGUCCGAUAAGUAUGAUUAGCUCACUUCCUUUGACUACUUGUAUAACUACUGUUAAUACUGCCAAUAGUACUAGUGGUAGUAAUAUUAUUAUUACUGGUUUGUCUUUUCCGUCAUCGUCUUGUGAUACUGCUGCUUCUGCUUCAAGAAGAUCUGGAGGAGGGAGUGCUGGUGUUAGUGGUUUUGGCGAUUCACUGUCUUUUCAAAGUUCAAUCGACUCAGUAUCUAUGUCUGUAACUAAACGUGAUGAAACAAAGUAGUUUAUUAAUAAUAAUACUAUCGAAUCAUUAGAAUUUAACAAAAUAGUUCUAUCACGAUUAACACUACUUAUAAUCGUAGUAGUAGUAAUUACUGUUGUAGAGUAUUAGAAGUAGUUUUUUUUUAAAGAAUAACAGUUAACACCGGUGGAAUGUUAAUAACAUAAAGCUAGACGAUCCGAAUUGAAUUGAUAAACUAAAUCACACACACACACACAAUUUAUAUGGUUUCAGCUUUACACUCUAUUCGUCUUUCAAUGAACACAAAAAGAAAACCAUUUGAUUUUAUUUGUUUAUCUAUUUAUUUAUGUAGUAAACUUAUUUUUCUGUUUUACUUUUUUCUUGUGUGUGCAUAUAUAUAUGUGUAUUAUGUAAUUUUAUUGAUUUUAACUUCUAUAUAAUUUGGUGUCACUUUGAUUAUUUAAUGCCUUCGGUUCCUUCACUCCGCCCCCCUUCGUCCAUAGUCUCUCUCUCUCUCUCUCUCUAUAUAUAUAUAUAUAUAUAUAUAUAUAUAUAUAUAUAUAUAUAUAUAUACUCGUAUAUGUGCAUAACCGAACGUUUUUUUGUAUCCCAUUUGUCUUGGGUGUUUCAGAGGUUACAUUGAUUAUUGCAUAAUUUUUUCCUUGAGGUUAAUAAUUCUCUUAGCGCCAUUUUAUAUACCUAUGACUUUUACGGCCCUUCCAAUUAAGAUUAUUUAUUACUAUCGUUAUUAUUUAUUAUUUUUGGUUUUACAUGAGUAAAACUAUUAUCUAUUAUAUAUCGUUGAAUAUCGAUUUUUUUUGUUUUGUUUUACUCAUUCUCAUUUUAUUUAUUUUUUUUGUCAUUGACGGGCCGUUUGUUUUUUUUUUUUAAAAUUAUUUUGCGGAUGGGAAAUUGUUUUUCUUUUUAACUGGAUUAUUCUAUAUUUAUUUAUCAUUAAAAGAUUUACCUUAUCCUUAUUUGAAGUUCCAUGGUCUUUAUGAAUCCAAUUCUUAUUAUUAUUCGGUCAUAGAUAUCUGUGUUUGAUGAUAUAGUCGUUAUGAUAUUUCUAAAACUAUUGUCAAUGUCAUUUAGUGAACAUUAAAUGGUUUUUUUUUAAACUUAACCACCAUAAUACUACUGAACAAUUGCUUUUCUUUCACAUUCUUUUUUACAUCUAUUAACCUUAGUUUUAUGUUUUGUUUUCGAAAUAAAUCAAUGUAGUUUUAAGAUAACAAUAACGUAAUGUUCAUUCGUUUCCCUUGAUAUGAAUGCUAAUUAUAUGUUUACAAAAAAAAUGAGAUAACUGUCAAUGUUUGACUGUUAUUCCUUAAUUGGUUUUCUUUUCUCAUUGUGUUCAUGCUACUAUGCAUAAAUUUGGAAUACAGAAUUGUUUAUAUAUAGUUUAUUAAUAGUGACAUUGUAUAUCAAUAAUCUCUUUAUUGGACAACUAUAUUCAAUAUAUAUCGUUACCAAAUGAUGUAAUCUGUUUAUUUAAUGUUUAAUAUGUAGAUAGAUAAAUUAUCUGUCUUUUGUUGAGAUUAUUAUUCUUGGUUUCAUAUUGUCAAUUUCAUCAUAUAAAAUUAUCCGGUGUAUUUUCUUUUCCUCUUUGUUAUUUAGAUUUGUUAUCUUUCCUCUUUUUUUUCAGUGCUAUUUGUGAUUUAAUCUUUAUGUAUAAGUCUAUUUGUAUAGUGAUUUGUUUAUAUACGAGCAUUGUCUGAAAGAUCUUUAUGUAUUAUGUAAGUGUACAUGUGUAUUUAUGUUCACAUGGUAGUAUAUUUACUGCUGUCCAGUUGCUCGUUGUUUUUUUUUUAGAUCAAUAAAUUUCAUGAGUGGCCACCCAUCAAUGAUAGUUUCAUUUAAUUGUUCUUAAUUGUAUACAUGUACUGUGUUAUGUAAAUGGAACAUUUGUAUUCAGUGUAAUUUCUUUCUUACAUCUGUGGUAAGCACAAGUCUAUAGCUUCGAGAAUAAAAUCAUUGUAUUUUUUUACUGAAUGUACGUUUACUACUGUUUAUUUAGAAAGUAGUAUAACUUGCUUUGCGAAAGUAUUCUGUUUUUUUUGUUCGUCUAUUUAGUUCUCGUUGGUUUCGUGUUAUCUUAAUUUAGAAAGAAAAUGAAUAUUCUUUUUGAUUAGCACAAGUCUUAUACAAAAAUCACGUCUCAUAAACUAUCUAUUGAUGGGAAGUAAUACUGACUAUAUUUUUUGUCCCGGUUCUUUUGCAUUGUUAUUCUUUAUAUCAAUAUUUAUGAUACUCCAUAAUCUGCUGUGAAUUUAUAAGUUUCUUUGUUUGUUUGUCUGUUUUUUUAUUGUAAAAUAGAUGUCUACCUACUUUUAAUUCUAUUUCGAUCAUGAACUUUAUGGAAUAAUUCCCCAUCACUCAUAGAUUACAGAAUUUUUCUCUUCGAUUCCUUUUUUUGCUGCAAACUAUCUAAGAAACUUCCAUUUCUUCUUUGUUUCUCUUAGACAUUUUUUCUUAAUUUAAAACUAUUCUAAUGAUAUUACAAUAUAAUGAAAGAAUGUUCCUUAUCCUCAUUACUCUGUUCAGUUGUUUUUUUUUUGGAAUUUGAUUUUAUAUAAAUGAUUUGUAGGAAAUGAACGGUUUACUGAAAUGUUUUCUUUUUUGUUGUCAAUUCGAGUUCAUUAAUUCAUCUUGAUGUGAAUAGAUAUUUCUUUAUUGUGUAGUUGUAUUAAUGAUCAAUUGUUGUCAUUAUUAUUAUUAUUAUUGUCUUAUACAAAAUACAGAUUAAUGUUCUCGUUUGAUAAACAUUUUGUUGAUAUGGUGAUUAUUACUGAUUGUGAAUUAUAGUCAAUAAUUGUCAAUGAUAUUCAAUGUCAGAGAUGCUAAUGUUUCUUUUUUAUUUCUUCCAUAUAUAUAUAUGGUACUUUAUUAUCAGAUUCAUAUCCAAAAUAAAUAGAGAAAAAAAAUGUAUGUUCACUUUACAAUUAUGUAUUGUCUAUCAUGAAGAAAGUGUUUUAAAAGAAAAUAGAUUGUUAUAAUA